AACUCGAUCCAUUCCCAGCGGGUACGACAACCUACUACCCAGCAUCACCAUGUCUCGAGGUAGCAUAACUGCAGGGACCUGUCAGCGGAGGUGGAUCAUUGAAUGGGCAAACCAAUUCUACCGUAAUGCGAUUUUGGGCUGGUGUUGGCUUUGGCGAGACCCAGGCACGCGUUUGAUUCCGAGUUUUGUGUACAAUAUUCUUUCGGCUGGGAGAACAACACUUUGGCAUCGUCAGGAACAACCAACCAUCUUUGGCACCAUUCGCUAGCACACAGGCACCUCGCUUGAUCACUCUUUCAAUCACCAUUGGAUCCCGAUCUUUGCGGGCCCUCUUCUCGAUUGUUAUUAUUAUGGAGAACCCUGGAUGAGUUUGGCCCAUGACUCCUUUCUGUCCACCAAACCAUGGCAUCCUCUGCUUCGCCGUCGUCACCACCUGAAUCCAGCUCAGUAAGACCCAUAGCGUGCAAUGCAUGUCGGCAACGCCGCUCCCAAUGCUCAAAGGAGCGGCCAAAAUGCAAGCGUUGUCGUGAGGCCGACAUUGAAUGCAUCUAUGAAGAGGCCCGCAAGAUCACUGUCAAUGAGAGCUACUUGAGAGAUCUGGAAGCAAAGGCCAGGGCUUUUGAGGAAACACUUCAAAAUCCAGACACAAAGGGCUCGGCUUCGGUCCCCAAGAAGGGACCCUCGGUGUCAAACACGGAAAACGAUGAAGAAAUAACAGAAGGCAAUGCACUGUUGGAGGAUUUCGGCCACCUCGGUGUCGAGGGAGGGCCCGCAUCCCCUAGCCUGUCGGGCAGCGUCAAGGGCGGCGGGUUCAAGGGACCAGGCCACUCGGACCUGUUUCUCCGCAGCAUGAUUACGACUCUGAGAGCACCCAGAAGUAUGGGCAAACUCGCCGGCGUCCGAUCUGGCGUUAGAUACCCCGACGAUGUCAGCCUCGAUCUGAACCACAACCUCUACGAGCCGGGCCUACUGGCUCCCAGGCGGCUAGCCGUCUGGAGCAGCAUACGCCUGCCUCCAAUAGAGACGGCCAGGCGGUACUACGCUGCGCAAUACACGUACAUCGGCACCAUAUUCUCCUUUACAGACCCGACCGAAUUCGAAAAGUCCCUGACUAGGGCAUAUCAGAGCUCGGGGCCGGACCUCUGUGACCCGCAAGCUUGCCUCGAGUAUGCCAAGAUCCUCGUCAUACUCGCCUUUGGCCAGCUCUACUCGGUCAACCAGUGGAUAGAUUUCAAGGGCCCGCCGGGUUUCGACUACUUUACACACGCGCUACAGUUGCUACCCGACGUGCAUGAAGAGGGAUCCAUCCUCUGCGUCGAGACGCUGUCUCUGAUAGGCUAUUUUAUGCAAAACAUGAACCGUCGCGACGCGGCGUUUCUGUACAUCGGCAUGGCCCUGCGCAUGGCCAUCUCGCUCGGUCUGCACCAGGAGGUGCCCGACGCGACCCUCACCGAGGAGGACCGCGAGCAUCGCCGACGUGUGUGGUGGAGCGUGUACAGCCUCGACAGGAUCCUGUCCGUCAAGGCCGGCAACCCCAUAACGAUACAGGACGAGGACAUUGGCGUCAAGCCGCCGUCGAAACUCGCCUCUGAGCCCGAGUACUGCCCGGCCGUUGUGCUCCGCCACUAUACGGAACUGUCCAGGAUCCUGGGCGAGGUCAACAAACACGUCUUCCGAAAGGGGACGCAUAAAUCCGGCACGAUGCUGAUGGCCUCAGUCAAGGACAUCAUGCGGUCGCUGUCAAAGUGGCACCGUGAGCUUCCAGACCAGCUGAGGUUUGACCCGGCGAGGCUGGCCAUAUCCAGGGAGUCGGUCUCGACCCUGGUGCAUUACUACCAGUGCAUCAACAUGACCGCCAGGCCUCUGCUCUUCCACGUGGUGCAGAAGCGGCUCCAGUCAGGCGGCCCCCGGUCGAAAGAUUGGAAGCAGGGCCUGUCGCAGACGACCGUCGGGGUCAUUGAGACGUGCGUCAACGCCGCGCAGGACUCGAUCAAGAUCAUGAGCAUCGCUGCGCAGCGGGACCUGGUCGCCACCUAUGGCUACAUGGACAGCGAGCACAUAUUCUCCGCGGCCAUCGUGCUCCUGAUGGUGUGCUUUGCCUUCCCGCCGGACGAGAGGAACAUGCAGGCCAUGAGCAUGGGGUUGAACCUGCUCAAGGGGAUGGCGGAGCGGGGGAACAGCUACAUCGGGGCGAGGUAUCAGCUGCUGCAUCAUUUGCGCUCCAUCAUCGACCCCCCGUCCUCUGCUGCACCAAGUCUCAGGCAUAAUCGACGGCAUGAAAAGGCAAAGCUGAGGAGGAGGUCGACGAGUAAUCAUGCGACUAUCGUUGGGCUGGAAGCCAUGUAUAAUGCAUCUCCCCAAAUGAUACCAUCAUCCCCGCCCGUCCAGUCCGUCUCGGGGUACCAAAAGGCUCGGGGUAGCUUCAGUGGUGUGUCGAUGUCACCGCAGGGACAGGCCAUGCUGCCGUCUUUUGUGACGCCCAACACUGGCCUGUCGCGGGACAAUAUGGGAUUCGGGCAGACUCCAUUCGCAGAUGCACCGUCGGCUUAUCACCAGCCGCAGCAAGACGCGACACCUGCACCACAAAUGAUGGACCACUUUUCUGGAGUCGGCGGCGGCGGCAGCUACAUGCCGGGGCUCCGGCUGGGCGACAUGGACGACAUGUUUAUCGACGUCAAUAUGAACAACCUCAGCGGAGACGACGACUUUGGGCUCUGGGAGGCGGGGUUUGCCGAUCCGUCGGCAUACGACCUGGCGCAGCUGACGCAGGCGGCGCAGAUGGCUGUCGACCAAGGGGUCGACGACGAGGGUAGCUGCAGCGAAAAGUCGCCCGGGACCGGUGUCAACAUGAAUAUGGAGCUGUAGUUAGUCAGGGCCUCGGCGCAAUAUUUAUAUUUACUCGGAAUGUCGGGGCGGUCCUCUUUUUGGAUAUUUUGACUUUGCUCUUUUGCUUUUUCCCCGCGGCUAAUGAUGCAUUUUGGUCAGUCUCACUUUUGGGGGCCCCCCAUGCAGAGGUUGAUGAAGAUCAGCACUCUAUGUCAAGGGCUUCCAUGUCAAAUGGACUGUGUCACACUGUCACGACAUGUUUUAACCUUUUAAUAUUUUUCUCUCUCUUCGGAUUCCCACUACUAUUAAUAAUGCUUCAUGUCAUCCAGGAACAGCCCAGUCCAAAUAUGUUUUGCCAUACCCCAGGCGCUAAAUUCACCGAAAACUCCUCGCCAGAAAACAAAAGGUGUAUGCGCGGGCC